AUGUCAAUAAACGGCAGAAUUGGAUUAUUGACGAACUACAGGCAGAGUGAAAAAUUUAUGAAACAUGGCGCAAAACGUCGUGGAAAACUUGUCACAGACUUCCUCAAAUCUGGUGAUGCCCCUCAUAAAUACCUGGAAAAGGUGAAAGAAACUGGAAAAGACUACAAAGGAUUCAACUUGAUAGUGGGCAAUGUUUCGCCUGGAGAUUCUACUGCGAUGGAGUUUGGAUAUUACUGCAAUCAAGAAAACGAACCGUUUGACAACUUGAAACCUGGUGUGCACGCCCUUAGUAAUCGAUAUUUAGAUUACGAAUGGAAAAAAGUGAGUUUUGGAAAGGAACGAUUCCAGGAAAUUAUCAAACGAAAAUCUUCGGUGAAAGAAAAAGUGAACUCGCUCAUUGAAAUGUUACAAGACGAAACAAAGUAUGUAUAAUUCUAACAAAUAGAUGCAAUAAACUGAAGUGGUACUAUUCGAUCACAUUUUCGAACAUAGUGAAAGCAACAUAUGUUUUGUCAUGUGAGGUGGUUAUUAGUAUUUAAUUUAAUACCAGUUGAAUGUGCAUGUAAAUAGCAACGCUUAGAAACUCAAUCAGCUUCUCAUAUACAGUAUGUAAGCGCCGGUUGACUGUAAAGGUUGCAUUUUAUCAACGAAAUGGCUAUUAUGAGCAGGAAAAAGUAGCACAGAACAAACACUUCUCUCACCAUUUAAAGAUGAUGUAGAUAAAAAAAAUAAUUAAUCUAUAAAAAAUUAAAUCAAAAUUUACCAAACACAAAGACAAACUGCCAUGCCUUAGGAAACAUAAAAAAUGUCCACAUGCCAUUCUUUCAACCAAAAAUUAAAUAAACCGUGCAUGAAGUAAGUGCAUGAUAAUUUUGCUACCUAAUAUUUCGUUGUCUCUCCUUGUAGAUAUCCUGAUGAUGAGUUGUUCUUAGGACCUCAAGACGACGGAAUAUCUCAAUCUUUUCUUGAGAGUUUUACAGCUAUAUCUGUUUUAAUAACAGAGCAUCCAUCGUGUGGUACCAGGUACGUAAAAUUACAUAAUUGUUUUUCUGAGAGUGCUUCGGACCUGUGAGCACCGCAACACGGGAUCGUAAUCAAACAUUUCACAUAAAAAUUGACCAUGAUUGUAAAUUUGCACAAUAUACUUCUGCCUUUGGUCCGAAUCACGUAAAACAAUCACACGGGGAUAUCGAGUUCAAUAUAAUUAAUGAUGAAAUUUUUGAAAGAUUUUUGAACAAUAUGCCAAAAGUGCAAAAGCCACCUUGGCAAGGCCAAUUUAGCACAAUUUUAAAAAUCAUCAAUUGCAUGAUUAUCCGUGUAAAUAUUUAUUUAUUAUGUAUACAUCACAAAAUUAAAGAUUCCCCUGGUAUUGAUGUCACUUGAAUGCAGAGAACACAUGUAUGCUUUGACAGAUUUGACAGUUGAAACACUGUUGAGAUAUAAAAUCUGGUGUAUUUUAAUCAUCUAAGCUAAGACAGGAAAUGAGUAUAAACGUCGUCCUUAACAACAUAUGGUUUAAGAAUCAAGUAUUUACUCGAAAUGUCCAAGCGAGGCAGCGAUAUAAAACGACUAGCACGUUUUUGAUUCGUCAGCAAACAAUUGAUUAAGUUCAAAUUAUUGAAAGCUCAGCAAGAGAGUUUUAGUUCAGUGCCUUUUUGUGUAUUUGCAUUUUCUUCUUUUUUACUUUUGUAAGUGAAUUGUAGACUCGAGCUGCGCCAUUUUGUUUUUCAAAUAAACAAUUGACCCGCCUGAUUUUGACCCGAGAGGGUUAAAACACGAUUAGGCAUAUAUAAAAGUCCCCGCGCGUGUAUGUACAUGCAUAUGUUCGUAUAAGGUUGGUUUUGGAAAAAAGUCUUAGUUCUCUCAGUCUAACGCCGCAAAGGAUCUCUCGGUAAUUACCAUAAGUCGUUUGGUAAUCGGUAAUGAAAAGAAAAUUACAGAAUUUAUAACAGGAUUUCAAAGGAAUUUAGCGAUAUACAAUAAAUACAAACACUGAUACACAUGCGAACGGCAAACAUGUGAAAUGCAGCCACCUUUUGAUGUUUGUCAGUUCACUCAGUUGGUUUAAAAGCUACGAAGGUUGGAAGGAGAGACAGAUUGCAGAGAUUCAUCGAACGGGCCCGGUGGAAGAUGUAAUGUGA